GUGACUAAACUUUCCGGGUCACGUGAGCGGGCGGAGCCGGUGGUGUCGGAUCGAGAGACCGACGGACCGACCGAGGUUCGAGCGAGGGAUCGAGACCAGGAACUUGAGCGAGGUCUAAGACGCCUGGCCCAGGUGCCCAGUCGUAGGUACCCCAGGCGCAAGAUGCGGUAGGAGAGGCGCGCGCGAGAAGCCCCAUCCCCGGCGCUGCCAACCCCUCACCCAGCCCAUGGCGAACCCCGGCCUGGGGCUGCUCCUGGCGCUGGGCCUACCUUUGCUGCCUGCCCACUGGGGCCAAGCCCGGGGGCAAACGACGGCCCCUCCCGCCAAUGGAAACACCACUAUUUCGCCUUCUGGCUCCAGCUCCAAUGGGGCCCUGUCUCAGGAAGCCAUCACCGCCAUCAUUGUGGUCUUCUCCAUCCUGGGUGCCCUGCUCCUGGCUGUGGGGCUGGCGCUCUUGGUGCGGAAACUUCGUGAGAAGAGGCAGACGGAGGGCACCUACAGGCCCAGCAGCGAGGAGCAGUUCUCCCAUGCAGCUGAGGCCCGGGCCCCCCAAGACUCCAAGGAGCCGGUGUGGGGCUGCCUGCCCAUCUAGGUCCCUUCCUCUCCACCCCUCCCCCCACUUCUGUGCUGUGUGAUCUUUGGGGAAGGAAGGCAGAGCCCUCUCUGGGCAAUCAGACCCACCCUGUGCUUAAGAAUAGAAGGGAAGGAGUUGCUUCAAGUCUAAGGCCUUGCCCUGAGAGCAAGGGAGGAUGGGGACUGCUCACUUUUUAUAUAUUCAUAUAAAAUUGGUAGUGAGAUAUAAUAAAAGCUUUUUUUGAGCUGGUGGGGGCAUUAACCUAGACAGAAGAAGCAAAUGCCGAGGUGAAUUAUAAGGUUGCAAGGGUCCUAGGGGACCUGGCAGGGGACUUCCUAGAAUCCCCCCCUAGGGAAUUUCAGAUGCCCCUGGAGGGAGGGAGGUGGGAGGGAUGGGUUUCUGAGCAGAGAGAGGGCCCUAGAAAAACUCACCAGGAAAAACCAGCUGUGGGCUCUUGUGGCUUUAUUGAGGGACUAGGGUGUCCUCUGGACUCCUGAUCUUUAACUCUCAAAGCACUUCUUAAGGUCAGCGACUCUGGGCCGGCUCCUGGCCUGGGGUUCUUGCCAGUUGCUUGUGGGUGCAGCAGGGGGGUCAGGGGCUCCCUGCUCCUUGGGCGGCUGGAGGUGAGCAUGCCUUGUUAGCAGGACCUUGGGAGGCUGGGUCAUGGGGGUCUCCGGAGAGCUGGGGCCCGAGGAAGAAUGCAGAGGCUGGGAUGUCCAGGCAAUGUCAGAGCUGGGCUUUGUGGGGGCCAGAAGUGGGGGGCUUUCUGGAGAUUUUGGCUGGGUGGGAGCUGUGGGGAGCAUGGAGCAGGAGCUCUCCUGGGCUCUAGAAUCUCCAGCCACUUUGGCGGGAGGGGAGAGAUGAAGGAUUAGAGAUUCUGUGGAAGGGGAGGAUUCAGGGUCCGCUUGGCUGCUUGGGUCUGCAGACGCUGUCCAGGACUGGGAUGAAGAGGUGACUUCUUGGUUGGCCUCUGAGGGUAGCUGGGGAUUGGGGUUCUUUGAGGCACCGGUGUCAUCCAAAGGCUGAGCGUGUUGCAGGGACAACAGGUGCACAGGUUGGAAUGGGGGCUGGGGUUCUGAGGGUUUCUCCUCAUCCAGUUGCCAUCCUUCUCUUCCUGGUAUGUUGGGCUGGGCGGGGUGGAGGGACAGCAAGUUGCUGGCCUUUAGAUGGGGCAGGGGCUGGCAAGUUGGGUGGGAGGGGGAAGAUUGGGAUGGGGCGCGUGCUGUCUCUCACCAGGCUGAGGCAGCUGUCCAGGUCCCCUCUGUGACAGCAGUCUAGACUCUGGCUCGGUCGCAGGCUGCCUGCGCUCUUGGCUUCCACACUCAAACUGUCCAGAAUCUCGCUCAACAGGUCCAGUUCUUCCCCAGACCCCAAGAAACUGCUGUCCAGAGCGUCCUCUGCCCACAGGCCUUGGGCGCCCUCAGGACUCAGAGGAGGUGUCCUGGGCAUGAGGACAGGUGACCUCAGAUAGUUGCCUGACACCCCCCAGUUCUGGUCGGGCUGCUCUAGAGAGCUUGGGGACACUCCUCCCCAUCAGUCUUGGCCUCCCACUUCUAGCAGCGGCACCCCACUUUGAGCCUUACCCCUCCCCUGGGGGCUCAGAGGGUCCUUCUUCUAGGCAGAGCCUCCUGCUGGGGCGAAGGGGCCUGUUCUGCAAAGGAUAGAUUUUGGGGGUGGGGGGUAAGACCUCAAGAGCUGUAGAAUCAGGGGACUGGGGCUUUCCAGAGGAGGAUGAGUUUGAAGCAGGUGCCAAAUAUUAGGGUAGCUGAAGAGGGAGGUGAGAUGUCUGGUUGGAGGGAUAAUUCCAGGUGUGCAUGGAGGAGGGGUGUUCUCACCUGUCCAAAGUGCUGAAUGAUGGGUCGACGCUGUUGCAGGCGAUCUGAGUGGCUGAGGGCCCUCAGGGAUCCCCCCCUUUGGAGGGCAGAGUCCCCAUCCUAGGAAGAGGAUGCAUGAGCUGGGAGCCCCUCCGCCCCUCCCCCUUUGGUAUUACUGGCCAUUCAUUGGUCUUACCUUGAACAUGAGGCUCUGCACACCCUUCAAGCCACUCUUGGCCUAUGAAGGGGCCAAAGGAAGAAUUAGACGCAAGGGUGAUUGGACCCUGGGCGUUUGAGAGCUCAGCCCUCUGUCUCCUAGGACAGCUGCCAUCUGUCCACCUAUGUCCCACAAAUACGUCCAUGAUUCCCCAUGUGCCACCAUCUGAGAAGUUAACACAAACUUUCGUCCCUUUGAAGACUACAAGAGGAAUAUUCCCAAAGGAAGUAACCUCCCAAAUGAAAUGGGGGAGUGGCCAAGCAACAUGGCAAAAAGGUAUUUGUGUUUCAAAAGCCGUGAAGAAUAGAAUGGACAAUGUUGAGCUGCUAAAGUUGGCCCCAGGAAACUUUUCGGUUUGGGAGGAAAAAAACAAAAAACCACAGGGCAGAAGCUGGGAUUGUUUCUGAGGAUAAAAGAUGUUGGCCAGUGAAUCUUGGCUGUCGAUUUUAAAUAGGCAGGAAAUUAUUGUGAUGAAAAUGAGUAUGGACUAUGAAAAAUAAAAGUGGGAAGAAUUGUUAA